AUGGAUGUUUUUACGGGCUUCCUAAUUGCGUCCCUCGGGGCGAUCUUUAUUGGGUUCCUAUACAAAAAAACUAAAAGUCAGGCUAAAGUUUUGCCUGUUCGGGUUUCUGGACAUGUUGAUCCCAGAUUUAAAAAUGUCGAAGAAGUUUUUAGGAAAAAUUUUGAAAGUGGAGCCGAAACUGGAGCCGCUUUUGCAGUCUAUUACAAAGGUGAUUUGGUCGUCGAUCUGUGGGGGGGUUAUGUGAACAGGAAGGGCCAGAUUCCUUGGCGUGAGAAUACACUAGCAGCUACCUUUUCCACAUCGAAAGGAAUUACAGCUCUUCUUGUUGCCAGGUUUGUCGAAUUAGGUUACCUUGACUACAAAAGGCCUGUAUACCAUUACUGGCCUGAAUUUGCACAGAAUGGGAAAGAAGGCAUCACCGUGGAAAUGCUUGUCAGCCACCAGGCCGGUCUUAUUGGAUUUGACGAACCAAUCAGCAUUCGCCUUUUGAAAUCAGAUUAUGAACAAUACACUUCCCUUCUCGCAGCCCAGAAACCAUUCUGGGAACCAGGAAGUACAUUUGGUUAUCAUAUGCUCACCUGGGGUUAUUAUGUUGACGUCCUUCUGAUGAAAGCUGAUCCUAAGAAACGAACCCUGGAACAAAUCUUUCAAGAAGAAAUUACUGAACCAUUUGGUAUUGAUUUCUUCCAAGGAACCCCAACUUCAGAACAUUAUCGUAUUGCAUCCCGCAUUUACAUGCAGUCACUGUGGCACCAGCUUUAUCUUUUUGCAAAUAAAGACUUCUGGAAACAUAUGAAGCACGCCUUUUUUGAUGAGAAUGGCUACCAAGCCGCUGCUAAACGUGCCUGUCAGGAGUAUUUGGGAAAGGAUGCUAUUGAGGCAAAAACAGACUAUGAACUUCGCACGAUUCCGUUAUCAAGUUCUAACGGUUAUGGCACUGCACGGGCAAUCGCUAAAUUGUAUGGAAUUGUUUCAAAUGGCGGAGUCUACAAUAAGAAAACACUUCUAAAAGAGUCAACUAUAGACCAACUGGAGCAAGUUGUCGUACAAGGAAUUGACGCUGUAAUUGGCGCUAAUAUGACAAUCGGACGUGGAGUCAUGAUAUUAAAAUCACCAAAGGGCAGUACUAUGUUUGGGCAUCCAGGUUUUGGUGGUCAAAUUGGUAUCUGUGACCGGCAGAAUAACCUGGGUAUCGCGUACGUUACAAAUAAUCUGGCUGUUCUUUCCCUGCUUGGUCGAUCAUACAGCAUUCUGAAUGAGGCGGUUUUUAAAUGCUUGGAACACAUACAAGAUGGCUGA